UCGUGCUUUGCUAUACCAGUACAGCAAAUUACUUGGGUCGAUAGUCACGUGGGCUUGCUGGCAUAACACAGCAGUCCCCGGAGUUAUCGUUGUCCCUAAACCUCCUUCAUCGGUGCUUACGGCCUCUCUCAUCGUCCGCAAUGCCUCAGCCUGAGGAUGGCAACUCGUCCAGUAAUCAUGGGGACCACUCAGAUUAUCAUAACACAACGUCCACCUCGUACCCUCAUUCUUCUUCUCGACCCCCUCUGCGGCACAAUGAUUCUACCGAAGGCUCGUCCGUACACCUACGACCAGACUCACCAUCACAAAGGAUGAGCUCAGAAUCCAGUCGAAUAUCUUCACCCACGAAAUGGCGAGACACGGCAACAGCAAUCACUGAAUCUCAUGAAUCCACGAAUGGCGCUAUCAAUGUAGAACCCCCACAGCUGGUGGAAACGACGUUCGAUGAAAGUAUACUCAGGACACUGUGCGAUAUGGAUUGCAGUAUACCGUUGCUUCUCGACCGAAUCAAACAGAGUAUGGUCUCGUGCAGAGAAGCCUCAGUGUUUUUGAAGAAGCGGGCUGCCAUCGAGGAGGAGUACGGGAAGAGUCUGCAAAAAUUGGCACGCUCAACCGCCGAGAUGUAUGCCAUGAAUGACGGGAAGGCUGGAACUUUUGUCACUGCAUGGCAGACGUCAAUGCGAAUACAUGAUACGAUGGGUGACAACCGAAUACGGUUCUCUCAGCGUCUGAAUGAAAUGAGCGAUGAAUUAGGGACCAUCGUGAAGGAAGUAGACAAGAAUAGGAAAUCAACCAAGGAGCUUGCCACCCGUUAUGAGCGUGCCCUGCAAGAGGCGGAGGGACACACAGAGAAGAGCAGGAAUCGUCUCGAUGUAUCGUCAGAAGAACUAGAACGUGUUUUACUACAGAAGGAAGGAGAGUCCUUGAAAGACAACUCUGUACAAGCAAGGAGUGGCGCUGGAGGGAAGCGGGUAAUUGGCAAAGCCGUUGCGAAAGGGGGUUUACUACUCAAAGGCAAAAACCCGGGCAAUAUACAACGACAGGAGGACGACGUACGAGCCAGAGUAUCUGCCGCUUCGGACGCCUUCCGAAAAGCCGUCAUCGACACGCAGUCUAUGCGACAAGAAUACUUCAAUUUCCAAUUACCUAGGAUAUUACGGUCCUUGAAGGAGUGUUCGGAUGAAAUUGACUUGGGGUCGCAGUACCACCUCACUCGUUAUGCUUUCUUGUUCGAGAGUACUCUAAUGAGCGACGGAAAGACCCUCAUACCCUCGAGAGACGAUGGUUCCAAUAUUGGCUUGAAGACUGCCAUUGAAAUGAUUGACAACCGGGGAGACUUCAGGCUUUUUAUGCAGAACUAUGCAUAUGCCCAUGGUGGAACUGUGCCCAGAGGACCACGGAGGGAGGGCCCUUCGGAUGAGGGAUUCUUACCAUUAAUACCCUCGCAUCAACCAGAAAAACCUCAUCCGAGCCAACCAAGCUCCGUCAAUGGACACCACACGCCGGCGGAUAAAGGGAAGCCGACAUUUGGUGUUGAUCUAGGGGAGCAGAUGGCUCGAGACGAUGUUGACGUACCACGCAUUAUGAAGAAGUGCUGUGAAGCGAUCGAGAAAUAUGGCUUGGAGUCUCAAGGCAUAUAUCGUUUGAGCGGGACGACAAGCAAAGUCGCAAAGCUCAAGCAGUUACUGGACAAGGAUCUAGAAGGCGUGGACUUGGACGCUCCUGAAUGGUCGUCGGAUAUUAAUAACGUUGCGAGUGUGAUCAAGAUGUGGUUACGGGAGCUUCCCGAACCACUUAUGACCUAUUCUCUGCAACCAGGGUUCGUCGAAGCUGCAAAAAUUGAGAAUGAACGGUUGCGGCAUAUUAGACUUCAUGAGAGAGUGAACGAGCUCCCGGAUCCCAAUUACGCUACUUUGAAAUAUCUCAUUGGCCAUCUCCACAGAAUUUGUCAGCAUGAGUCUGUGAAUUCUAUGUCGACAGGAAAUCUUUCUAUUGUAUUUGGACCAACACUCUUUGGGCAACCUGUCAACGGCGCUAGUGGUAUGGCAGAUGCACCCCAUCAGAACAUGGCUGUGGAAACGAUCCUCAGCCACUAUACCGAUAUUUUUGUUGACGAGUCUGGGUAAGAAAAUUCGUCAGCUGUUAUGUGAUACCCCAUUCUUUCGGAACGCAUGCUCAGAUAUGCUUGGGUAAUGGAUUUGCUCUCUUCCGACUUGAUUAUUUACUUUAUUCUAGGCACAUAUGUAUUCAGCAUCUCACUGUAGGAAUAGCAUCAGUCCAAUCCAUUACAUUAUUGUUAUUCUCC